AUGUUGUUCAUAUUAUUAUUAUCAUUAAUAGCAUUUAUAAAUUGUAGUCAAUUGGCUCCAUUAUUGAUAGCUUCUCAUAAACUAGUUCCUGAUCUUAAUACUGAAAUCAAUGAUUCGAAUUUAGAACCACAUAAUGUUACUUCUGUAACAAACUUAUUAAAAAAAUUGAUAACUCAAUGUUCAUCGGAUGCUUAUCUAAUUGUUGAUGUUCCGAACUUAACGUAUCAAGAUUUAACAGAUAGUCAGAGAGAUAGAUGGCAAUUCUUAUUGAACUAUUUAUACAUGUCGUCGACCAUUGUGGGCUUACCUAGAGUUGAAUUGGGUUUAGAUUUAGAUCAUAUUGAAGAUUAUAUAAUAAACACUUGUGAGGCAGAAACAAUACCUAAUGAAUUACAAGACUAUUAUGACACUCGAACAAGAGUAAUUAGAAUCAAUGAUCCUAAUCCAGAUGAAUUAAUGAGAAAGAUUCUCAGAAAACUUCCUUCCCCACAUUAUACAAUAAUCGUAACAUCUACAACUCCAGGAUUUACUCACCCAAUUCCAGAAUCAGUAAUGGAAAGACAACCUGAAAAAUUUGAAAUAUUUCAUGACAUUGUAAAUAAUCCAAAACAUAAUGGAGAGAUUCUAAUGAAAGAUAUUUAA